AUGCUGUAUUGUUUCUUUAUCCAGCAUCUAGAUAAGACCCUGCUGACUGUGAGCACACUCAUUAGCCAGGAUGAGCGCAUCAGUUCCAACCCCGUGGCCAAAAUCAUAUAUGGUGACCCAGCAAGCUUCUUGCCCCAACUGCGCCAGAAAAAAGAACGGCAAGGAGAUGGUGCCCGUGCUCUGGCAGUUCCUGCAGAAGAGGGACUGAGGCAGCUAUUCCACAACAGGAUCACCAUCUUCCUGUCCACGUGGAAUGCACUGAGGCAAUCACUGGAGACCAAUGGUGAAAUCAAGUUACCUAAAGACUACUGCAACUCUGACUUGGAUCUGGACACAGAUUUUGAAGUCAUCUUGCCCCGGCGUCGGGGCCUAGGUCUCUGCUCAACUGCAUUAGUCAGCUACUUGAUUAACCUUCACAAUGAAAUUAUCUACACAGUGGAGAAGUUCUCCAAGGAAAACAGCAGCUAUUCCGUGGAUGCCUCGGAGGUCACUGACCUGCAUGUUGUCAGUUACGAAGUGGAGCAAGACCUGAUUCCACUGAUUAUCUCCAACUGCCAGUAUCAAGUGGAGCAAGGUGGGGAGACAUUGCAGGAAUUUGACCUAGAGAAGAUCCAGCGGCAGAUUAGCAGCCGCUUCCUCCAGGGCAAGCCCCGGCUGACCCUCAAGGGGAUACCCACGCUGGUAUACAGACAUGACUGGAACUUUGAACAUCUCUUUGUGGACAUCAAGAACAAAAUGGCACAGAGCCCCCUUCCCCACUCAGCAAUGAGUGCCAUCAGUGGAGAGCUUCAGUCCUACAGCAGUGCCUGUGAAGCCCUCUCUGUCAUAGAGGUCACUCUGGGCUUUCUAGGCACAGUUGGUGGGGAUCCAAAUAUGCACCUGAAUGUGUAUGUCCAAGAAAUCCUGCGAAUGGACGACCAAACAACUCCAGUUUUAAAGGCCUUAAGCAGAUGUCAGUUAAAGCACGUCAUUGCCCUAUGGCAGUUACUCUCUGCUUUUAAGUCGGAACAGCUACUGCGACUGAAGAAAGAUCCCUUUCGGGAAAUCAGUUCUAGAUACAAAGCAGACCUCAGCCCAGAAAGUGCUAAGCUCCUCAGCACCUUCUUGAAUCACACAGACCUAGAUGCUUUCCUCAUGGAGCUACAUGAGAUGAUGGUGUUGAAACUAAAAAACAUUCAGACCCAGGACAGCUUCAAACCUGAAUGGAGCCUGAGGGACACUCUGGUGCCUUACAUGGAAACUAAAGAGAGCGAAGUUCUUCCAGAAGUGGAAUCCCAGUUUCCAGAAGAGAUACUGCUGGCCAGCUGCGUCUCUGUGUGGAAAGUGGCAGCUGCACGGAAACAGGACCGGCAAGCAAAAUAGGAUUCUGUACUCUGUCUCUUUAUGUGCUGCGGACACAGCUCCCCUUCCCUCCACCAUGCCUCUGGGGGCACCUGGAAGGAAAGUGUUGGCACAGCACUGAAUUCAAGGCCAGCAUGCACUGUGCCAGCUGAUGGAUUUUUUGAGAGCUAGGCUGUUUCUGGAACACAUGAAGAUCCAGAACUUUCACUUUAUAUUAUGAGUAUCAAGUGGUGAGAAUGGCAGUUAGUUGAAACUGGAAAUCAACCACCAUCCUAUGCAUUCAAGGAGCAACAGAAAGGAAGAGUCACAAUAGGGGUUACACCCAGCAAUGACCUGUGUUGGACCUGCAGCCUGUUCCUCGUGCUUCCUCAUGUUGCUACACAGAGGCCGAAUGCAGGGGGUUUGGUGUCUUUUCUUCCCUAUGAUAUUCUGCGCACACAGAAGAGAACCUGAUUUUCUUCUCUCUCCCAGUCCCUUAAAUUCUGAGUUCUGUACUCAUAUUUCUUGAGUUCCAAGUUGUGAAAAUAAUACCACACUCUUUUUGUCUUCUCACUAACAUGAGGAAAGCCAGGGGGUCCGCACAUGAGACUCCACUGUAAGUCACUGCUAGAUUCCAAAGGGUCAGAGCCAACAACUCUGGAGAACAUGAGAGUUGGGACGCUGCUUGGGUUUUGGUUUCCCCAUGAAUAAAAUGGAAUUGACUGACAGCCAAAGUGCUUUCCAGUUCUCAUAUCUUGAGAUUCUAAAUGAAAGUUUGUCAUUGUCAGCAUGGAUCAGAGGCAGGCUCUUAGAGAUGGCAUGGGGAGUUUUUGGCUUUGCACUGCAUAAGCAUGAAGUCUUGGUGUGAUCUCAGCUUCCCUGAGUAUAUGCAUUCCUGGUCCUUUCUUUGGGUCUCAACCACACCAGAAAAACUAAGCCUCAGAGCGAGUACAAAACCAGUUCUGUUUCUGAAAAAGGAAAAAUUACUCUCCUCGAUCUUGUGCUGCAUUUUUCAUUAAGUUUUGUCUCUGUUUGAAACCCACUUUGAUGUCCUGGACCACUGCAUAAAUUCCUGUACCUCACAGCUCAGAACUCGUUUGCAGUGAGAUCCAGCCAUCCACACCUAGGAGGCCCUGACUUUCAAGUAUAUUCCAGAUAAGUUAGGGACCCAAUCAACUUGAUAUCAGGCCUGUGUACUUUUGAGCUACAGAAAUGCAGAAUGGGGAAGGAGGGCACAGCUCAGUAGUAGAGUGCUUGCCUCACAUUCACAAGGUCAGAGGUUCAACCCACAACACCACAAAAAAAGAAAAAAGAAAAAAAAAGUUACCUGGCACAGGCCCUGUGCACACCUGCAAAGGUAGGUGCAGAAGGAAGUGAUUCCAUUUCCAUGGAUGACUUCUCACAGCAGACCACCACAAAGAAAGUGCAGUGACAGAUCUCAGGUAGCAACUCCUUUCAUAACACACACUUCCAUUUAGAGAGCUGUGAUGAACAUUCCAGACUAUGCAAGCCACUCCUAUUCCUACCAGUUGCCUGCCACCUGCAAGCAGGAGGGCUCAGCCUACCUGCCUGGGAGGUGGGGGGCAGUUUUCCGGGGCCAGCAGGUGACACUCAAGACUCAUACCAUUCUUCAUUGCCACACCUUCACAAGUGGAAUCAGGUUUCAAGUCCUUGAUGUGAAGACCCUUUUUCUCCCUUUGGCCUGGACAUUUUUUUUUAUCACUGGUAUGAAUUGUCUUUAAUUAAGAUGUUUUAUUUUGUAUGCUAUGCUUUCAAAGCCUUAACUGUCAUAUCUAGCAUGAUUUAUGCAAAAAUACCCUGGGCUAGCACAGGUAAAACUAAAUUUCAUUAUAAUGUAAUGCUGUUUUAAUAAACUUGAGUUCUGCUGCUAAA